CAGAGGAAAAGCUGCUUAAUUGAAUAUAUGAUUAUAUACAUUUCACAAGUAAAGAACUUUACAGAUUCAGUUACAAUACUAUAUAUAGAUAGAUGUUUUGAGGGUUACUGCCACUCAAGGGAAAUUAAUUAAGCAGAUUAUUUGCUGAGAGAGUUUGAAGCAGUUCCACAAUUUUGAAAACAGUAAUAUGGCACGUACUAACGAUGACCAAAUAUAUAAUGCUCAACCAUUGCUAGAUGAAGCCUCAUCAAAGAAUGCUAUAAAUAGUGAUAAGGAGGAACCUGAACUUGAAAUUGAACCUUCAGAAAUCACAAUCUUUCCACAAUGUUAUCAAAAUAAUCCAAUUACUUUGCUUAGUGAAGCAUAUCAUUUGGUAUAUGGAGGUCCAAAGAAUUUGUUAAACUCCUUUGAUUUAACAAAUAUUAAGACCCCUAUGGAAAAUACCGUGUUACAUAUAGCAUCUUGGUACGGCAAUGAUGAAAUAGUGACACUUGUAAUUGAACGUGACCCAAAACUUUUGUUCACAUUUAACAAAAACAAAGAUAGUGCAUUACAUGUUGCUGCAAGAGGUGGACACAUCUCAACCGUUAAAAAGCUAUUAUCAUCUUAUGCUAAUUUUGAACGGCGUGAGAUAGCAUUGGCAUGGUUAAAUUACAAGCAUGAAUUAGAAGAUUAUGACGACGUAUCAAAUAUGGAAGAUUUAUUAGAAUUUGUGAAAGAAAAGAAUGUUCACGGAAACAAUAUGGUACAUGAGGCAAUGUUAUGUGGCAACAAGACAAAUAUUGGUGGGGAUAAGAUUUUCGAAAUGAUUGAAUUUUAUAAAACUGAAGACCGGUAUGGAAAUUAAUUGGCAAAGUGUUGUUAUGAAGAGGCAUUAUAUGUUGUUAAUAAUGCAAAUAAAUCGGUACUUUAUCUUGCGGUUGAGAAUGGGAAAAAAGAUGCAGUCGAAUUAAUAUUGGAGAAAUGUCAUAAUAAUAUUAAGCCAAAGGGGUUAUCACCUGUUGUAGCGGCAAUCAUGAAGCAUAAUCUAGAAAUUCUGAGGAUCUUAUUGGAAAAGAAGCCAGCAUGGUUCCAUUCAAAGGACAAACAUGAAAGGGUUCCACUACAUUACGUUGCAUCAAUAGGUUAUCUUGAAGGUGUUGAUUUAUUACUUGGCAUAUGUAUAAAUUGCACUAUUCAAAGGGACAAAUAUGGCUAUUUCCCAAUUCAUCUAGCAUCAUAUGGAGGACACGUGGAAGUAGUAAACAAGUUACUAGAAUAUUGUCCAGAUCCAAAAGAAAUGCUUGACACGUGUCAUGACCGAAAUAUUCUUCACAUUGCUGCAAACUAUGGAAAAUAUGAAUUGGUACAAAAUAUAUUACAAAGCCAAACUCCUGAACUUCAUAAGAUGAUAAAUCAAAGGGAUAAAGAAGGAAAUACACCUUUGCAUUUGGCUGCAAGAUCAUGUCAUCCCACAACUGUUUACUACUUAAUUUGGAAUGAAAGAGUGGAUGUUAACGUUGUUAAUCAAAACAAUGAAACACCUCUUGAUGUUGUUAGUGCAGUCUAUGAGGUGGAUAAAUCAUCUUUGAGACUGUAUCUUACAUGGACAGCACUAAAAUCAGCUGGUGCAAAACAAAAGAGUAAUCAAAAGAUCAAAACAGAACAAAAACAGAGUAAUGAAAAAGAAAAAGUAUCCGAAAGAUACAAAGACAGAAUAGAAAACCUCACAGUGGUUUCAACGCUUAUAGUCACAACUUCUGUAGCAGCAUGUUUAGCUGUUCCAGGUGAGGCAGAUGGAAAAGCAAAUAACUUAUAUCAUGCAAUGUUCCAAUUUUUCAUUAUAUUCAUCACAGUAUCAUUAUUCAGUUCAAUAAGUGCUACUAUCAUACUAUUUUGGGCAACACUUGGAUUAACUGAAUUAUUAACUUUCUCUGUCAAAAUAGUAAUGCCACUUCUUGGUAUUGCUCUAAUCUCACUUUCUUUGGCAUUCAUGGCUGGUCUAUACACAGUUAUUAGUAAAUUAAGUUGGUUGGCCAAUGUGUUUUUGGUUAUGACUUUGAUUUUUGUUGUGGUUGUGAUUUUGUUGUAUGUGUUGCUUUUCCUUCCAUCAUCAUCCACCAACAAGUUCUUGAGAUACAUUUCUCACUACCCUUAUCUUUUUUUAGCAUCACGUACUGAAUCUAAAACUGAUCAGGGUGUUAAAUCAUUGGUGGUAGUGUAACUUAAUCUUUUGCAUUUUAGCUAAGUGGGUAUUCAUUUGUUCACUAUAUAAAAUAAGUCCCACUUAAUUACAUGUAUGUUUCCCUAUUUUUGUAAGUGUGUGAGAUAUGUAUGUAACUCUUGUGACCAAUAAAUGUCAAUCAAUAUUUAAGGAAAAUUCUAUAUUAGAUAUAU